AUGAUGUCGUAUUCCUUUUUAGCAAAAUUUCUUCGUAAAAAAGAAUCAUCUAAACUCUCUAUCGCUGGGAAGGUUGCGGUGAUAACUGGUGCGAGUCGUGGCAUUGGCAAGGCAGUUGCUGAGGCUUUGGCUGAACGGGGUGCCAAAGUAGUGAUAGGCGAUGUUAUCGAUACAAUUGGUGAAACGACGACGGAAACCAUCAACACGCGCUACGGAAACCAUGGGAACAAGAUUGCUAUUUAUCAACAUGCAGAUGUGACAAAGUACCGAGAUUUGAUACAGCUAUUUGAAGUGGCCGAAAAUGAGUUUGGCUCUGUCGAUAUUGCUAUUAUGAAUGCUGGAACUAACCAGAACUACGAUACAUUGUUUGCACCAUUAGAUGAUAAACUCGAGAUGGCUAUCUACGAAGUGAAUGUAGGCGGAGUCAUCAAAGGUAAUAAGGUUGCUCUAUUGCAUAUGGCCAAAUAUGGAGGCGGUGUGAUUGUAAACACGGCGUCAGUGGCUGGAUUGGCGCCGACAAUAUAUUUGAAUGCCUAUGCUGCAAGCAAACACGCUGUCGUUGGUUGGACUCGCUCUCUUGAAUAUGGAGCCCUUUAUUGAAGUUCUUG